AUGGCUUCCGCACUCAGCCUCGAGACCAAGAUCAAGCUGAACAGCGGCCACGAGAUCCCCCUUCUGGGAUUUGGUGUCUGGCAGACUCCCGAAGAUGUUGCUGAGGACGUCUGUAUCGAGGCCAUGAACAUUGGCUACCGACACAUCGACUGUGCGGCUGUGUACAAGAACGAGGCGGGCUGCGGUGCCGCCAUCCGAAAGAUUGCCGACACCAUCCCCCGCGACCAGAUCUUCUUCACCUCCAAGGUGCCCGGCCGGUCGCUGUCGUACGAGAAUGCCAAGGCCCAGGUCGCAAAGACGCUUGCGCUCACGGGCCUAGAGUACGUGGACCUGAUGCUCCUGCACGCCCCCUACGGCGGGUCGGCCGCUCGCAAGGCCGCCUGGAAGGGAUUGGUGGAGUGCGUCGAGGAGGGCACCGUCCGCAGCAUCGGCGUGUCCAACUACGGCGUCCACCACCUGGACGAGCUCGACACCCACAUCAAGGAGCUCGAGGCCGAGCGCGGCGGGCCCGGCAAAGGCGGCGUCCUGUCCGUGGGCCAGUGGGAGAUCCACCCCUGGUGCGCCCGCGAGGAUAUCGCCGCCUGGUGCCGCGCCCGGGGUGUCGCCGUCGAGGCCUACUCCCCUCUUGUGCGCGGCGAGAGGUGGGGGGAGCCCGUCCUCAAGAAGCUGGCGGACAAGUAUGCCGUCACCGAGGCCCAGAUCCUGAUCCGCUGGAGUUUGCAAAAGGGCUACGUCCCCUUGCCCAAGAGCGUCACGCCCGCCCGUAUCAAGCAGAAUACCGAGGUGUAUUCCUUCGAGUUGACCCCCGACGAGGUCAAGGAACUUCAGUCGACCGAGUACAAGCCUGUCUGCUGGGACCCGAAUGUCUCACCGCUGGACAACUAG